AUGGUGCGCAAGGUGCGAGUGCCACACAUCUCGUUGGAGGCGCAAUUGCAACAACUGACGCUUCUGAGCGAUGUUGAUACAACAACAGACAAUUACGAGCAGCUGGGACCAGUGAUCAAAAACCUAGAUGAAUCACACCAACAGGAUGAAUUCCUCAAACAACUGCGUGAAUUUGUGAGGAAGAAGGACGAAGAAAUUGAGCAUGUUUGCAACGAAAAUCACCAAGAUUUCGUUUCCGCUGUAGAUGAGCUGCUCAUUGUGCGUUCUGGAACAGUGAACCUGAAACAGCGGAUCAACGAGUUGAAUCAGGAAAUCCAAUCAAGCGGGCAAGCACUUUUUUCCAAAAAAAAAGAUCUCAUCGAUAAGCAACGCGUGGUGCAGAAUGUUGAUGAGGCCAUCGAAACGUUACAAGAGUGCCAGAAUGUGUUGGAAAUGACGACACUUGUUGAAGACCUGAUUGCCCAGCAGAAAUUCUACUCGGCUCUUCGCCGCCUCGACGAGAUUGCGAAUAUACAUCUCAAACCCAUAAUGCACCAUGAAGUUGCGCAACUUAUCCGCGAUACUAUUCCUCGCACGCGUGAACGGAUCCGCAUGGAGGUGUUGAAGCAGCUGAAAGGGUGGAUGUUUGAUGUACGGGAAAAGAGCGGCGCAGUCGGCCGCAUCGCACUCGAAACCAUGGAGGCUCGUCAGCAGCGUUGGCUGCAUCGCAGUAAGAAGGAUCCUAUGCUGCGCCUUUCGUCGAUCAACAGUCCCAUCGAGCAAAUCGUGAAUGAGCGCAUUGAGGUAAAUUAUCUCGAAAAUGACCGUGUGAGAGUCGAUUUUAAACCGUUAUAUCAAUGCAUACAUAUUUAUGAAGUCCUGGACCAGCGAGAAAAGCUUCAGGCCAACUACCAAGAAGACCGUAAAGCUCAGGCGAGUUUGCUUCUAUCUCGCACGCUAACGAUGAGAGAGGGCGGACAGGAGCUGAUUUCUCUGCUUGAAGACGUGGUGGGCUACUUUGUAGUGGAGUGCCACGUCUCGUAUACGUCACCACCGGGCUUCCGCCCCAUGAGUGAGGUUGAAGAUGUGUGGGACUCGAUGAGUGAGCGUGUGGUCGACAUGAUUACCGCCGGCUUGCGUGAUUGCAAAAAUGCCAAAGUGUUUAUUGAGGCCAAGUCUGCAAUUCAGACGUUUAUUCGGACGCUUGAAAGCUUUGAAUUCAGCGUAUCGCGUCUUAAUGCACUUGUGCUCUCAUUUUUCCGUCGCUUUGCGCACUUGCUUCGAGAGCGCUUUGCAUCAGACUUUCAGCAAGCUAUCCGAGAGGCGCAGCAUCAGCCCAUGAUUGUGAACAAUGGCGAUGAGCUUGCCAAAGUGUUAAGCGUGUGCUGGCUGAAGCCUGGUGAAGCUGAUCAGCUCAAGCAAUUACCAUUUCCGCUGUCUCUGCCCUUUUCACAAACAUACCCUUUGUGCUGCAUGGACAUCCGCAGUCUGGUCGAGCAGUAUUACAGUUUCUCCAGCGGCAUGACGCAGUACCAUCAGGACAUUGAUCUCAUACUGACACAAUCGCUUGAUGAUUUGCUGAUACAGCAGAUUAGUAUCAAUAUACGCGAUACAGUUGAGCAGUCUACGAAUUUGAGCCAGAUCGCCCAGAUUAUUGUGAACAUCGAGCACUUCCAGCUCGCUUGCUCCGAACUUGAGAGAUGGCUGAGUGAAUCGCGCACGCCCAAUCCAGGAAGCCGUCUUGCGCUCGGCGCUUCUGAGCAUUUGUCAACGACGCUGGAAAUUGCGCAAAAACGCAUUGAUUCAGCCAUGUUCGUUAAGCUUGACCAGUUCUUGGACUUGCUCGAAUACGAUUGGAUGCCUAUUCAGUCAGCGUCAAUGCAGCGCCAGCCCUCAAGCUACUUGCGCGAUCUUAUUGACUGGCUCUCUACUAUGAUGGAGAGUGCGCUAGUUCUUUUGCCCAAAGUCGCCAAGGACGCUACUUUUACGUCAUGCUUCAUGCACAUCUCGAACCGUCUACUGAAUUCAGCCUUGCUUGACCGGCAGGUCAAAAUGAUCAAUUUGGCUGCUUUGACAAAUCUUGACGUUGACAUCACUUUUGUGUACCAAUAUGCCAAGUCACUUAAUGUGCAUGGCAUAGAGACCGUGUUUGGCCAGGUGCGACAGACCUUGGGUGUGAUUCUGUCCGAGUCCGUGUCGGAGUACGCGCUGUCGCAGCAGGCACGCGCGCAAAAAUUUCCUCAGGUGCAGCCCGUGAAGGUCGCGGCUAUUCUUGAGAAACUAAGUCGCGGAUAUGCCCACCUAGGUCUUCAUGAUUUAGCCGCAAAUUGCACACGAGAACAAGAGUUAGUGAUGCGCCUGAACCAGCGGUGA